UGGACACGCCUGUAUUUGUGUUGGAACAAGUCCUGCAGAGGUGUAAUCAGAGGAGGGGAGACUCUCUCCAGCUCUCCACAGGAUUCGAGAGAAGGAGCCUCUGCGCUGUAAGGCACAACUCAGGUGUUCAACUCCAAAAGUUCAGCCAAGAUGCCAGAAACAGCGGAGGCUGUGUCAGCCACUCUCACCACCAACAGAAACUGCACUGUAGAAAUCACCAAUGCCACCAAUAACUUCUGCCUCAUCAACCCUAAGGUGUACAUGAAUAAGGGCUUCAGUCACCACCCGCCCCAGCCCACUAUCCGCACCCACAUGACUGAGGUGUGCACCUUCAUCAAGGACGACAACACGGCCACCGGCGCCGUGGGAGUCCUGACCUAUGACCUCUUCCACAUGCAGACCCGGGCUUGCGCCAAUCGCCUGGCCAUCAUGUUCUCCGUGCCCUUUGACCAUAACCUCUACAAAAACCGGCUCGCUGUGGGCAUAUUGGAGACGUCCCGCAACUGCGACAAACAGCUCUACGACCAGAUGUAUGAUGGGAAGGACCUGAGCCACUUCACCCGCUCGGACGGCAACGGCUCCGGGCUGGAGUACAAUGCGACAUAUGUUGAUUUGAGAGCCACCAUGUCCGCUAUUGGCAAAGCCAUUGUCAAAGUGGAGCUCCAUGAUAGAAAUGCUCGUUAGAGUAGACAAAUCUACUGAGAAUUCGCCUGUAUUUCCUUUGUUGCUUUUGCACGCAAUAAAUAAACUUAAUUUGAGUUGAA